AUGUUAGUAAAUUCUGCAUAUAUAUGCAUUCUAUAUGUUUUAUCAAGUAUACUUAUGACCCUGGCUGGUCGAGAUUUUUAUCAAAUACUCGGUGUGUCCCGAUCGGCGAAUACCAAUGAAAUUAAAAAAGCUUACAGAAAAUUAGCUAAAGCAUUACAUCCGGAUAAAAAUCAAGAUGAUCCAGAUGCUUCCCAAAAGUUUCAAGACCUUGGCGCGGCCUACGAAGCCUUAUCGGACCCAGAAAAGAGGGAGUUGUACGAUAGGUGUGGAGAAGAUUGUUUGAAAAAAGAUGGAAUGAUGAAUAACAACGACCCCUUCGCAAGUUUCUUUGGUGAUUUCGGUUUUCAUUUCGGUGGGGAAUCCCAGCAGCAUGAAACACCGAGAGGGGCAGAUGUUCUUAUGGAAUUAAUGGUGUCUCUUGAAGAGCUAUAUAAUGGAAACUUUAUAGAAAUAACACGUAAUAAGCCAGUCAUCAAACCUGCGUCGGGUACACGGAAAUGCAACUGUCGCCAGGAGAUGGUUACAAGGAAUCUUGGUCCUGGCAGGUUCCAGAUGAUGCAACAAACUGUUUGUGAUGAAUGUCCUAAUGUUAAGCUAGUUAAUGAAGAGAGACUCCUGGAAAUAGAGGUUGAAGUUGGUGCACCGGAUAAUCACAAAACAAGAUUGAGAGGAGAAGGUGAACCUCAUAUGGAUGGAGAGCCGGGUGAUCUAGUUAUAGUGUUCAGGACGGAAAAACAUCCACAGUUCACUCGUCGUGGUGACGAUCUUUAUACAAAUGUUACCAUUUCAUUACAGGAUGCUCUAACCGGGUUUACAUUGGAGCUGCAACAUUUAGAUGGUCAUAAAGUGAAUGUGGCUCGCGACAAGGUCACGUGGUCCGGAGCACGCAUCCGCAAGAAGGGGGAGGGCAUGCCGAACUUUGAGAAUAAUAAUCUGCAUGGAAAUUUGUAUAUUACUUUCGAUAUUGAAUUCCCCAAGAAAGAUUUCAGCGAUGAUGACAAAGAAGCAUCCUUGAAAGGAUUUCGAUCCUCUAAUUCCAAGUUAGAAAAGGUAGAUAAGAAUUUUCCUAGAAUAGCCUUAUAG